AUGGGUCCAGAGGAACCUGGGAGCGUGAGGGGCAUACCGGUAUCAACGACAAGCCCUCUCUGUGCCGAUCCAGCACAUCGCGCAUCCCAGCCGAAAGGGCAGGCAGGUGGAGACCCGGAAGGUCACGCAGUCAGCCAAGCCCCCGCGAUUAUCGCAGAUAAUCUGCAUAGCACAGGCGAGCAGUGGAUUGGACUGGAUAAUCUGCCCCAAUCAGCCCGUGGAUUGCCCAAUCCGGCACAUCCCAAACACUUCACAUGUCUUGGCCCAAAAAAGGGGGGACGAGGCACGUCUCCUUCCCAGCGGCCAAGGCGUCACUAUUGGAAUCAGCAUCUCGAUCAACCCUCUCUGCUUUCCAAUUCUUCCACUUCGCCUUUCUUGGCCCUGGAAUGGGUCACACCGGUGUCGGUCUGGCCGGCUCGCCACUCUUUCACUCAUUCCCAGCGGGCCAUGGCAAUAAUGCCCCCGCUUGGCGAAAGCCAGCAAGUCCGCGCGCAGGCUCACCAUAAUCCCCGACUGAAGAAAUUGCUAAUGGACGUGCCAUUUCGCCAUCUGGUCGUGUUCUUUGCCGUUUCUUCUGGUGCCAGGCAAGCGGGGCGCGAGCCAAGAGCGCGACUCCGGAAGAUCCGCAGCCAGGAUGAGGAUGAGGCCCCAAGAGUCCCAGAAGAAAGACACGAUUUCCCCACGCGUGUGGACAUGGCAUUUCACAGGCUGUCUCGAUUUUGCCCGUCCACCGCCAUGCAGCGCCUUGUUUCACGUGCAGGCCCUCCAACGGGAUGCUUUCUCAUCCCGACUGCGUCCGCGGUCCCCCUCAUAGAUUAA